CAUAUGCUCUUACAUUGUGCUCUCCUGUUACAGGAGUGGCUCGAAUGCGGAAGGUGUUUAGGACCCAGGGGGAUGGCAGCCACUGUGUGGAGAAGGCGCGCGCACACGUCCUACCAAAAAAUGCAUAGCCCCACGGAGACAGAGCUCACUCAUUCACCGUUCUUUAGAAAGAUCUUAGGCUGAAGCAGAGAGAGAGAAGCCUUUCCACCCACCCGUCUUAGCAGCAAGGAUUCCUGCAGGGAACCUAACCCAAGGCGAGGCUGGAUGGUCCUCUAAAGUGAAUGAUGAUAUGAGUGAUUUAUUUCCUUGGAUGGGUUCCUGUGAAUAUGAACUGAAUGUAAGAAGACUUCCUUGCAUGGAUAAGGAAAAUACGUGCCAGUUCUAUUCUGCAAUAUAGUACAAGAAUUAAACACACUUGAAUGGAUCACACUUGCAGCAGACUAUUAGUUGAAUGGGACCAGCACAUCUUCUAAUCAAAUAUCUGAAGUUAAGGAUUUUGAAAAUAGACUUCUGCAAAAAUGACCCAUUUACAUGCUGGACUUAAUCCAGAGACUAUAGAGAAAGCCCGUCUGGAACUCAAUGAAAACCCUGACGUUUUGCAUCAGGAUAUCCAACAAGUCAGGGACAUGAUCAUCACAAGGCCUGACAUUGGAUUUUUACGCACAGAUGAUGCUUUCAUCUUGAGAUUUCUUCGAGCCAGAAAGUUUCACCAGACAGAUGCCUUCAGAUUACUGGCUCAAUACUUCCAGUACCGUCAACUAAAUCUGGAUAUGUUCAAAAAUUUCAAGGCUGACGAUCCAGGGAUCAAAAGAGCUCUAAUUGAUGGGUUUCCUGGAGUGCUGGAAAAUCGUGAUCAUUAUGGCCGGAAGAUACUUUUGCUUUUUGCAGCCAACUGGGAUCAGAGUAGGAAUGCUUUCAUAGACAUUUUACGAGCUAUUCUGUUGUCUUUAGAAGUUCUCAUUGAGGAUCAAGAGCUUCAGAUAAAUGGCUUCAUUCUAAUUAUAGACUGGAGUAAUUUCUCCUUCAAGCAAGCCUCCAAAUUAACACCAUCUAUCCUCAGACUGGCUAUUGAAGGGUUACAGGACAGCUUCCCUGCCCGCUUUGGAGGAGUCCAUUUUGUGAACCAGCCUUGGUACAUCCAUGCCCUGUACACGCUAAUCAAGCCCUUCCUCAAAGACAAGACACGGAAAAGGAUCUUUCUUCAUGGUAACAAUCUGAAUAGUCUUCACCAGCUUAUACACCCUGACUGCCUGCCCUCAGAGUUUGGUGGGACACUUCCUCCGUAUGACAUGGGCACUUGGGCUCGGACAUUACUUGGUCCAGACUACAGUGAUGAAAAUGAAUAUACUCACACUUCCUACAAUGCCAUGCACGUGAAGCAUGCAUCUUCCAAUCUGGAAAGGGAAUGCUCACCCAAACUUAUGAAAAGGUCUCAAUCAGUGGUGGAGCCCGGAAUGUUGAAACACGAGGAUCAGCAUGAGAACGAGAAUACCCAGCCACUGCUGGCUCUAGACUGAGUUUGAAUUCACCAUGACUCACAAAAAUGCAUCAUUAGACUUCAAUGGUAUAAGAAACCUAUGAAGCAAGAGACAGGUUUCAUACACAUUAUCACACAUUCAGCUUGAAACCAAGCUCUUCAUGUUUGCAGAGCAAGUAGUGAUCAUCACCAGCCAUCCGUCUUUGUGGCCAAAGCCGAAGGGGAAAUUCCUUAUGGCCCAGAAUGCCAAGAUAAAGAGAUGCAUUUUAUUGUAAAAGAGUUUCUAUCCCACGCUUUAAUGAUGUAUGGUAUAUGACUGAAAUAUGAGGGACUUCUUUCUAUGUACACACAUUCAAAGAUGUGCAGAUGAGGUUUUCCCAUAUUGUUCAAGCAAGAAUUUCCCCCGUUUUAUUAAAAUAACAAUUAGGUGCAAUCAAAAUUCUUAGCUAAAGGCAUCUUGAGUUUAAAAAUUGCGGUAAGAGGCUUAACUUAGUUUGCAGUCCACAGAGAACACUUCCAAACCCUGAAGUCUUAUCAAAGAUUUUACUUCCUUGGAUUUCCCCCCUUAAAAACAAAAAACAAAAACAGCUAAGCAAUCACCAGCAGAAAAUCAUUUAUCUCUGUAGUAUGUGAUCUCAUCACCCCAGUACUUGCAGGGAUCACUUAUUUCAGUCCCCUGCAAAAAUUAUUCCUAACUUCUGAAAUUCCCUAUAAACCUGUAAGAUCAGUGUAAUGAGUGGAGUAGGAAACAGACACAGGCAAUCUGAAAAGUAGUUAUUUAAUUUUAAUAAUAUGAGUGUCCUCCCCCACCACAAGCAACUGCAGUGGGUGGGUUGAUGGAGUGGUGGCAAGAGAGAAAGAAGAGGCAUUUGAACUCAAUGGAAACACUUAUUGGUGAUUAAUGUUCCACUCCAGGUCCUUUCAUUUAGGUCACUCCAGCAAGUGAAAGCUCAGCAGAGCUGUUUAACCAACUACAGAUAUAGGCUAUGCUUAUAAGAGAAAGGGAAACUUGGGAUGAAUUAUUCAAUAUGCCACCAUUAGAAGGAACUCUGGAAGGACAGAAGAAAAAUGUAGAUCUGACAUGCCAAAGAUCAGUUUGCUAUUUCUGUCCGUGCUCUACUUGCAAAAACAAAAUUCCACCCCUACAUUCAAAUGAAAAUAGAGAAUAAAAAAAUCCACUGUUAUGAA